GUAACAAUGUGGUUGAGCUAGCUACACUGUUUAUUCGGCAUUACUUAGUCUUCUGGGGCAAGAUACAGUGCCAUAUUAUAAUCCUACAUACAGCAUUCCAUUCCAUUCUGACAUGGCAGAAAUAGACAAUACCAAAGACUCAUUUAUUUCCUCGCUGUUCCAAUGCGCUCUGGAUCUCAGUUUGCGGGGUCGUGAAAAGGGGCAAUUCUAGGUUGCAACCGCGAUUCCCAUCUAGGACCCCGACUGAACGAGCUUCAUUCUAUUGGCCCGCGUCUGAGAUCUAUUGCAAUCCUCUCCACCAUCAAAAUCAAUAUAACACCAGCCUCCAGAGAUAUGACUCAAUUCGCGGACGGCAAGGCUCAAAUGCGAAUGCGUCGGACUUUAUUUACCCUCCUCUGAAGGCUCCUGCGCGUUGUGUUCUUCUGUCUUCCGUGUCCUAUAAGCACGAACACGACUUUCGUUUCCCAGGAGCCAAACCUGCAAGAUGGGCGAUUUGCCUGUCGAGAUCCGAUACGCAACCGAGCACGACGCUUAUGUCUUGGGCGAAAUUAACAUCGCCGCCUUUACGGAUUCUCUGUUUAUCCCCAACGUCUUCCCAGAAGCCGAUACCUCCUCACUCGCCGCUUUCAAGCGGCUCAAUGCCCUCCAGAAACUCACAGACCCCAAGGUUCACGUCCUAGCGGCUGUAGAACCCACAACGGGCGCAAUUGUCGCUUACUCGCGGUGGGAAAUCCCCGUACGAUGGCCAUUUGAGCGGCCGGCAGUCGAGCUCAGUCCGGAGGCAAAGAAAGCGGCGGCGGAGAUGAUGGAGCGGGCGCCGCAGCCGAUGAAUAAAGAUAUUUUCGAGGCUUUCAAGGCGCUCUUGAAAAGCAAGAGGGAGAAACAUCUUCGGGAGGGUGACAUUACAUUGGAUAUGCUAGCCGUCUCGCCCGGACACCAAGGCAAGGGAAUUGGCUCCAGGAUAUUGAAAUGGGGGAUCGAGAAAGCGGAUUCUGUUCAGACCCGAAUUUACCUUGAGGCCACGCCUGAGGGUUAUCCGUUGUAUUGCAGGCGGGGGUUCAAAGUGAUUGAAGAAAUCAGCAUAGAUUACGCUUAUUGGGGGGGAACAGGAAAGCAGAGCUUCAAUUUGAUGAUCAGAGAGCCACAGGGAGGUAAGCCUUAGUCGCAGAAUUCUGUUGACUGUCGAAAUGAUGUUGCGGUAAUGUAGAAGCCCUAGCCAUGAAUACAUCUGGGCCACCUACUGCCUGAUUAUCUCCGUAGCAG